UGGUGUCAUGUGGACUGGAUAUGCAGGUGAUGCUAUGGACCCUCCCGAAAGCCCGGCCACUCUGGAUUACAAAUGUACAGGAGGAUGAAUCAGAAGACAUGGAGGGCCCACAGUCACCUGGUCAGCUCUUAAACCCUGCACUAGCACACUCUAUCUCUGUGGCAUCUUGUGGCAAUAUUUUCAGUUGUGGUGCAGAAGAUGGGAAGGUUCGAAUCUUUAGGGUGGUGGGAGUCAAGUGUGAACGGGAACUGGGGUUUAAGGCUCACACCCUGGGGGUGUCCCAGGUCAGCUUUUUGCCAGAGUCUUAUUUGCUGCUUACUGGAGGAAAUGAUGGAAAGAUAAUGCUGUGGGAUGUGAGCAGUGAAGUCCAGAAAAAACAGAAGAGCCCUACAAAACAAGUCCACAAGAGGAAAAGUAAAAGAGCAACUUACACCAAGCAGGGUCGCAGCGCUAGUGCUUCCGGAACAGACGAAGAGGAAUGUGGCAACAUUUUACCAAAGCUGACUAUUACACACGGAGAAAAAGUGAACUGGCUCUUGGGUACAACGCUAAAGGGAUGCCAAAAUAUAUUAGUAGCUGAUCAGACUAGUUGUAUAUCUGUAUAUCCCUUAAAUGAAAUUUAAAUCUAAUAAAAGUAUUUGAAUAAC